GAGGACUAUGUGUGUACUGGGAACCUGGAGCACGAUCUCACUGAGCUGUGUAUCCGAAUGGAGAUCCUGGAGAUGCCGAUUGUGAGUCUCCGACACCCCGGAAUAACAGCCAGUGGGAUGUUUGACGAGAUGGAAUCUCUGACUCCGUCGGAUGUAUCCUCAGCUCCCCCCCUGAAAGACCAGAUCUCCUUCUUCAGACCCAGUGUGCAGCUCGAGUUGGAGAAUGAGGACCCCAAGUCAGCAAAGGCCCUCUAUAUCCGAGGGUGGAUGAUUGAUACGCGGUAUAUUUUCAUCUUUCAGAAGUGUCUGCCUGCCCUCAGUAGCCUGCACUCCAUCAACCUGUGGAACGUGGGUCUGACCGGGAGCACCUUCGCUGCACUCCUGGUGAUCCUGAGACAGUGCUACUCCCUGAGGUCAGUGGUACUGGACGGAAAUCCCAUCGCAGGACAUCCGUAUUAUCAACUGCUGAGUGAGGACAGUCCAUUCCAGAAUCUAACUCUGAGAAACAACAAGAUUGAUGAUGCCGGAGCCAAGUUGAUUGGAGAGGCACUUUCUACAAUUAAAAAGUCAAACAAGACCUUAAUGACGUUAAAUCUCAGCUUUAAUCACAUCACUGACGUAGGAGCUGGGUACAUCGCUGAUGGAUUGCGUUUGAACCGAACUCUGGUGUGGCUCAGUCUGGCUUCCAAUCAGAUCGGGGACCAGGGAGCCACCAAGCUGGCGGAGGUUCUCGCUCCCUUCGCACUGACCCAUGGGGAGAUUGUAGAGAGGAGGAUCCUACUGUACAAUUCACAGGACAGGCAGAACUCGCCCAGUCUGUUUCGCCGGCCUGACUCCAAGAGUGACCGCAGCGCCAGCCAGAUCGGCAGCAACACCGCCCUGGACAAGCUGGACAAGACCGGCAAAGGGACCAAGGGAACCUCCAAGAAGAAGGAGAAGAGAGAUCCUGUCGUUCCAGAGAAGCUACUGUCCAACACCCAGAUCCAGCAGAAGAAAGACGAAGCCAGGACGGGAAGAAAAGGUUCCCUUGUUACAGACGUGCGACUGAGCCGGUCCAAAAUGUCCCGGCUUGGAAAGGACAAGAGGGUCAUGACUCAGGAACAAGAGGUUCCUGAGUUUCUGAAUCCUCUCGUUGAUUUUGUUGAGCACCAGAACGGGGAUAUCUACCUGUCCGGGAAUAUCACCCUCAUGAGCAUCAACCUGACACGUAACAAGAUUACUGAGGUGGGUCUCAGGGCGUUCCACACAGCGGUACAAACCCAGAUUCAGAACGCGAGGUUGAGUUCAGACGGCAGAGCCACCAGCGGCUUGCUCCGAUUGGCUAUCUCGAGGAACCUGUUUCCCGGGACGUGUGAGACCUACACGCAGCUGCAGAAGCUGAUGUUAGCUCGGGACCCCGUUUCCAGGCAGCGGAUGGUGUGUUCCCCAUCGCCGGGACAUCACGACCCACAGACACAGAGCUGAGUGACAGAAAGAGGAAUGGGGGAGGGUGGUCAAAACGCACCACAUCGCACUCGCAAACGCAGCAACAUCUCGCCUACCCUCGUCACGUCACAUGGUCAGACUCGCAUUCAACUGGGGGGACAGCUCCGAAAACCGGGAUGACC